UGGGGGGAGGGGGGGGAGAGAGACUAGUCUUUUCGUCCAGGAGCGACCGUUUCCCUCUAAAGCGAAACUUCGGGAAGGGCCAGGCGAACUCCCGGCGCGCGCAGUGUAGCCAACAUUGAUACGGCCCCGAGAGACAGCAGCACCGCCCGUCCGAUUGGUCCGGCGCCGCGAAGUCUUAAUGUCCAUUGGCCAGUCUUGCCGUCAAUUGCGGGUUGCUUGGUGACGUGCUUCCGCUCUCAGAUUACGCUGCACGCGGCCUGGGUAGAAACGGUGGGACCUACGGACCGUUGGAGACAGGCGGGGGUAGGGAGCCGGAUCGCAACGCCUCCAGGCAGUGUCACGGCUCGACGUGUGGCGCGGCUUGCCUCACUGCAUGAAAUGGUAGCCUGAGUUUAAAAGUGCGAUUGCGCCGAAGGAGAGACAGGGUGCGGAUCGGAAGCGACUGCUUGGGAAAACGAACGAGAUUCAGGAGGGCCGUGGGGUCGGGGGCGCUGCUGGGCUCUAGAGGAGAUGGAUCCUUGGCUGCAGAGUUACACCAUUCAAGAUUGAUUGGUCCGGAAGCAGUGGCGCUAGAGAGGUAUCUGCAGUAUUCUUAGUGACCACCUCAUUACUAUGUAGAAAGAAAAUAGCACACAAUACUGAUUGCCAAUGAAAAUGGAAGAAAUGUCGUUACCUGGCCUGGAGAACAGCAAAUCCGAGAACAGAUGAUGAGCGAAUUUGUUUCCUAAGAAAAUCGUUUAGUGUGAACUCUGCAGCCAUGCCCAAGCUGAAGCGGGUUUCUUCAGAGAAGAAACAGAAAUAUUGGAGGCAGCUGAAACGUGACCAGAGGCAGAUGAACAGAGAGCACAGUGACCAGGCCAUGGAGUUUGAAGCUAUCCCUGAAAGUUCUGCAGAGCAGGCCAUAGCUCAUGAGAUCUAUUCUGAUCUCGUAGACGAUGCUUGCCUGGGACUCUGCUUUGAGGUGCACCGAGCUGUGAAAUGUGGUUAUUUCUUUUUGGAUGAGACAGACCCGGACAGUAUGAAGGAUUUUGAAAUUGUGGACCAGCCAGGUGUGGAUAUUUUUGGUCAAGUCUAUAACCAGUGGAAGAACAAAGAGUGUGAAUGUCCAAACUGCAGUCGUAGUAUCGCUGCUUCCCGCUUUGCUCCUCAUCUGGAAAAGUGUUUAGGAAUGGGUCGCAACAGCAGCAGGAUUGCAAACAGACGAAUAGCCAGUAGCAACAAUCUCAGUAAAUCUGAAAGUGACCAAGAGGACAAUGAUGACAUCAAUGAUAAUGACUGGUCAUAUGGAUCUGAGAAAAAAGCAAAGAAGAGAAAAUCUGACAAGAAUCCUAAUUCACCACGGAGAUCCAAAUCUCUAAAACAUAAAAACGGAGAACUCAGUGGAAACUCUGAUCCAUUCAAGUACAACAACAAUUCUGGCAUCAACUAUGAAAACCUGGGUCCUGAAGAAUUGCGCUCAUUGCUGACAACGCAAUGUGGUGUCAUCUCGGAGCACACCAAGAAAAUGUGUACAAGAUCAUUGCGAUGCCCUCAGCAUACAGAUGAGCAGCGACGAUCUGUACGGGUCUACCUCCUGGGAUCUUCAGUAUCCCUUCCCGAAUCUGAAGUAACUGUAGAAAAUGAGAGUUAUGAUGCUUCAGAGAGCCAGAGCUUUAUGAGCCGACUACAGUGGGAUGGCACAUCAGAUAUUUCACCUUCUGAUUCAGCAUCUUCCAAAGCAAGUACCAACAAUUCUGAUUCCAAGAAGAGCAAAAAAAAGAAGCCUCACCUUGGACUUCCUAGUGCUCCUGGCAUGAGUUCCAGUAAGAAGAAGAAACUCAAAGCACCAGCUCCACCUACUUCUAGCAUAUAUGAUGAAAUCAACUGAAAGAAAUUCUGCUCUAUCUCAAUGAGUUUCACAUUUGUGGUUACUGUGACGAGAUGACCAUUGAACCACCCACUUCCUAGGAAGAGUGGAUUGGCUUCAAGAUUGUACUUGACCCUUCGAUGCUUAUGGUCCUGUAAACUGAAGGCUUCAUUUCAUGAUGCUUGACAUUUGUCGUUUCUUAUUUAUUAUACAAAGAAUGAGGGAAUUUGCAGGUGUACAAAGCUGAUGAAGUGUUGCUGUUUGAUUGCAUUAAUUGUAUACUGGUCUCAAUGAUGAAAACUUAUGCCUGAAACUGCCACUCAUUUCUGACUUACCUCUAGAUAAACCUUUCAAUCCCUUGUUAUGCCAGACCUGGCUAUGAGUUUACAACUUUUCCCUUUUAUAUUGUGCACCAUUUUGUGAUGCCUCAGAGAGCUGCUCAUAGCAUUUGUUGUGCCAACUGUGUGAGGGCAAGGAUUAGUCACUGUGUAGCUUUAUAGUGUUCCUAUGUACUUAUCAAAGAUUAGCAUUUCCGUUUGCAGUGUUCUUCAUGAAGGCUGUGGAGAGCGGGUCAGCCACCAGGGUAAGUGCAGCAACUGGACUUCAAAAGUAGAGUAAGCUGUGAAAUCUUUCUCAAGGCUGUAUUAGAUCAGAUGAUCCAGAUAAAUGAUGUCAACAUCACAGCAGAACAUUUUGUGCUGGCAUGACCAAACUGUAAUUCAAAAAUAUUUCAGUUUGUCCAAUGCACCUUUCUAAAGCUUCACACUUCCCUUGAAGUUAAUUCAAAUGUAAGGUUAAAUACUGCUAGGUAUUCAUCCCUAAUUUUGUAACAAUAUCCAAAGUACCCACUGUCUUAUGUUUGUAAGGGAUUGACUAUUCUCAAACUUGGCUUAGCCUUUCACUGUUUGAAUAAUGAUGGAUGAGCAAGUUAUAAUAUGGAUCAUAUGAUAUGGACAAUAACUGAUAUUUUAAUGAAGUCAAGAUCUAGAAGGACUUUGAGCCAAUCCUAACCUUUCACAAAUUUGAAAUGCAGUCUGGAUGAGCUAGUGGCAUUUUGGAACUGAAGCACAGUCAGUCAGUUAAAGCAGCACAGCAGAUGGAUGGAGAGCACCAAACGUUGAGGUUCCCUUUGGCAUCAUCAGACACAAGUGGAAAAGAGGGCAACUCAUCACCACCUGUUUGUCACAACAAUGUAGUCAGAUACCAUGAUCCCAGUUAUUUUGAAUUUAAACAGGAUUGCUGCAAGCGAUUGGAAUAUGUUAACAGAUCCUUGUGAGAUUGUUGUUGUUUUCAGUUUUACUGUGACAUUGGUUGACUGAAAUUUGACAUCCAGGUUAGAUUGAGGGGUAGUUGCAGGAGGAGGCCAUUAAAUGUCAUCACUUUUCAACAGCAUAUCAUUCUUUGCCUGUGGGACCAAAUUGGACAUUUCAUUUUGUUUACAUCUGAGAAGCUGGAAGGAUAUUUUCCCCCAAAGUAUAUAUGUUAGCAAAUUUAAGAUGGGUGGGUCUCAAUUGCUAUUUGAUAUUAUAAUAGUUGGGAGAAAUGAUCUGGGUGUGGUUGCUUCCUGCCAGGCAGCAUGAUGUUGCCCAACACUAAAAACAAAUAUUGCACUUUACGUCUGUUUGUAUGUGUAUGCUGGAUUCAAUAUUCUUCUGGGCUUGAUAUGGCCCUUAAUCAGGGCCCGAUAAUAGAACCAACACAACUGUUAUGAAAUGCUUUGCAGACGAAACUGAAUGAUCUAUCACAGUUUUCAAAGAAAGGAAGAUAAAAAAAAAAGGAAGUCAUGAAUGAAUUUGGCGAAUGCUUUGCAUUUGUAUUUUUUGUAGCUAGCUGACCUGUGUAGCACAUUGAGCGUGUUCUUUUAAUCAUUAUGUAACAGUGACUAAAACUUAUGCUUCCAGUUUCACUGCAUCUUGACUAUAAAAACUAAAUAUAAACCAAGGAAUGAAUGCAGCAGAAUGAAUCCUUGCUAUGCAAUUAGGCCACAGUCUAUUUUUGAUAGACAAAUAUAUUCUGUAUUAGAUCCUUUAAGAGCAUGGGAAGUGGCUUAUGACUGGGCUUUACUAGCCACUAAUACGGUGGCUGUUUUUUGCCUCUAAAAUUGUGUUGUGUGAAUAUUCAGAGAUAUGUUUGGUAAGAUUGUAGCAGUUAAGUACAUGAGAGCUGUGGCAUUUACUUUUCACAUUAACAAUUUUAUUUAAAGAUUUUAGAUAAUUUUCAAUUAAACAAUGUUUGGCACAUUUAUUUCUAAUUUUUUAUGUUUUACCUCAUGAUUCUUGUAGUUUGCAGCUUCUUUGUAUCUUGAGCUAGAAAAUCAACAGACUGAAGUAGUCAGACAGGUGCAAGGAAGAGUUGUUCUUUAGUCUGAAAAAAAGUAUGAGUGCAUUUGGUAUUUGAGAUCCCUUUUAAGUAAUGGAAGCAAUUGUUUCCCUUCUGUAUGCAAGUUAACAGUAGGAUAGGUUGGAGUAUCAUCUGCUGGUCAGAGGGGUCACUAACCACCUAUUGCAUUAUCAGUCAAGAUUAUAGUUGUAAGCCUUGUGUGAUAGUUUCUAUCAAAACACCUACUCAUGUUUACCAUUUUUUGAUUCAGCAGUGCAGCUUUGGGAGGUCCUGAGAUUGUGAAAGAUGCUAUAAAUUGCAGAUCCUCCUUUCUGCACCAGGAGAUUACUGUGCCUUUCUUGUGCAAUAUUUUGAUGCUGAUCAGAUGUUUGUAAGUUACAAUCCCAAUUUUGCCAGAAAUGAGUUUUAGUUCUUCACAUAGCAUCUUGAAGGCAAACAAUUGCUUAUUCAGAGGCUGGUAGACAUCAUGUCUAACCUGAUCAAUUUAUCACUGCAUUGAUUAAAUGCCAUUCAAUAAUAUAGGGAAUAUAAUUGGUUGAAGCAUGUAAAAUUGCUUAACAGUUUGGAUGAAAACCAGAAUCUUCUCUCUCUCCCCCCCCCCCCACCUAACUGCAAUAGCAUUUUAAGGGUUGGUUUGUUUUAAAUACUUUUACAAGCCUAUACCCUUCUACCUAUAUCUAGUUCUGAAUGAAACAGAAAGGCUGAUUCAGCUUAUGCUGGUUUUUAAAAAGGAGAAUGUGGAGGCACUUGUCUCUAUUUUAAAAAAAGAAUUGUCACCUGAACUUAAGGAAUUCUUUCUUUUAAAUUUUAUAACUUAUUGAUCCUUCAUUUUUCAUGUAUUACUGAGUUUUAUUAUGCCUGGACAAAAUAAAGUCUAAACAUUCAUGCAUACAUGUAGUGGACAAUAUAUGAAAGAUUAUUCCUUAAGUGUGUGUGGUGGCUAUCCGCAUGUCACUUGAAACAAAUAUAACUGUUUAGCGCUAGUACAACCCUUUCAUCUAACCAUGUUUCACGUGUAUUGAUAUUAUUUCAUUUGUACUGAAAGUUUACUCCUGGAAUGCUAUUCUAUCUGCAGUAUUUAUGAUAUUGGCAUUAGCUUUUCUAUACUGUUGAAUUUAUUAACACUGCCAGGCAUGUCUUUACCAUCUUGUAACACUGUUUCUUGUGUUGUAGUCUUAUGUUGGUAGUUGUGUAAGUACUUGACACUGACAGAUGUUCAUAUUUUGAUUAUUUUAGUGAAUACUGUGUGAAAUACAAGCUCCAUCAUUGUGUUUUGUUACAAUGUAGUUGCACCAGAAUUCUUGCAGACCUAACAAGUAUGGGGUGAAGUUCAGAUCUACUGUUUAUAGUCGGUUAUAGAUAGCAAUGUAAUCUUUGCUGAGUGGGAUAUAGAGCAUUUAUACAGCCUUGAUAGAUUUUUAUCAGGUAUCUGUGAUUGAUUUUCUUAAUUAAAUCAAUUUCCUCUGCACUUAAUGAACUCUUAAAUUCCUUUUGGGAAUAUGAGUAUCCUUGCUCUGUCACUCAAGUUGCUGUGUAGCACUGAAAAUCACAUACACCCCAAUAGAUUUUGUCUUCAGCUGAGAAACUGGAAUCACAAGUUUUAGCAUGUAGGUAGAUGCAGCUUUCAGGGGCAAACAACAUAAUGUAAGAUGUUUGGCUCACAGUUCUUUGUGACUUGUGUAGUGAUUCUGAAAUAUGCAUGCAGUUAUCUGUUAAUCAGCAUAUGAUCAUGAUUUUUAAUUUUUCAUACAUAUCCUCAAAUGCUGGUUCACUGUAUAAUUUCUGUAUUCCAUAGUGACUACGUGCUGCUUUAGUGUAAAUAAAAGUGUACAGUUGAACUGGAUCUGGCCUUUUUGGUUCUCAAUAUCUACUACUAUUAAUAUCUCAGUUACUACUGACCUGACAUCCCAAUUUUCAUUUUUAUCAACUAACUGGUUAAAAUUUACAGAGAUCAAUAAGGUUAUGUCAUCUGGGAUCAGAGAAGUCACAGGCCUUAAUGUUAAAUUU